AUGAUGGAUGGCUUCUAUUUAUUAACAACUUUGUCGGUAGCGAUGCUUGUUGGAAGUUUCUUGGCUGGCUUGAUUCCUUUGGCUUUCGUCAUGUCCGAGGGACGGACGCGCCUGCUAAGCACAUUUGGAGCUGGUUUAUUAGUUGGCACUGCAUUAUCUAUAAUUAUUCCAGAAGGCGUUGAAUCGUUAUACCUUGCUGAAACUGAAAAACAUGCAUUUGCUCAAAAUGAGGUUGUCGAACAACCGGAUGCCUAUCCACAGGAUCAACAGAUUUUGCCGAAUGGGCCUGCUCCGCUCAGUCAAAAUCAAAGCUAUGUCUUCAAAAGCAAGUUUGAAGACACGAAUGUUGUCAAGCGAAAAGCCAGGCAGGCCGCUUUAAGCCCCGUCGUAAUAGCAGGGAGUGCGACGCGACAGGAGCUUAAACAUGCAGAAGUGGCAAAAACAGAUAUCACUUCGAUUAGCAAGUCCAUUGGAUAUUCUUUGGUAACUGGCUUCAUUUUCAUGCUCAUCGUUGACCAGAUUUCACGUUCUGCCUCAUCCAAAGGUGGCGAACGUUCACGGUACAAGCUGACUGCAACGAUCGGCUUAGUUGUGCAUGCUGCUGGUUAG